GUGAGGCUGCAUGUUGUGGGGGCCAGAGCUGUUUAGUAACGGUUUGCCUUGCUCUUUACAACCUCCGUGUACAAGUACGUACAUAUGUAAGCUCCAGCGCUGUUCAUCGCAAAACAAGCAUCAAACUACAUCUUAUAUAUAACAAAAACAAGAAGUGUGUAUGUACUCUGUCUGCUAUCGACCUGACUAAAGCUUUACCUGCGCUACCCCUUAGAACCCAAGACAACGAGUGUAACCGUGGUUUUAUCGACUCAGGAUACGGUUACACAUAGCAAUCAAUCCAAUAAAUAAUCUACUGGGUUAAAUUCCAGCAGCAACACUUCGCUCCGCGUAAAGAAGUUUCGAACAUCUAUAUGUACCGUUCCAAUCGAAAUGAAUGGCAAGAAGGGUCUACCGAUCAUCCAUCCAUCCAUCCUACGAGUGACGCUUAUGCCAAAUCGUGUGACACACACACCAUCACCAUCAUCUAACCCCAAAUAACCGCUACCCUUAAUACUUAUCCAUCACAUGCACAUAUGCGAGUGAAACUCCCAUGUAACCGCCAUUGUAUCUAUUGGAAAAUACACGACCAACACUGCACUACGUCCACACAUUUCCAUGCUGAUCAAUCGAGCGAACGCGCAGGGCCAGAUCCUCUCUUGUAAUCCUCGCCAGCGGCAACAAGUCCAAGCCAAGCCAAGCCAAAUAAUAAUAAUGAUAAUAAAUCCAUCCUCGCAAGCGAACCAACACAAAGAUCGAGAAAUCUCACAUUUCUCGGCGAUCAAUCCUGUGGAACCCAUAGGGGUAAGGUAAAGUAAAGUAAGGUAGAGUAAGAGUGAGAUUUCUAU